AUGAUCAAAUCCCUCCUUAAUAGACUAGCUUCACCGCUAGUACAAGUGGUUCUGCUGGGUCUAGUAUGUCUUUGCUGCCCAGGCAUGUUUAAUGCCUUGAACGGUCUUGGUGCAGGUGGCAUGAUGGCCUCCGAUAUCGCUUUGGUCAACUCUGCCAAUAGUGCUCUUUACGCUUGCUUUGCCGUUGUUGGUUUCUUUGCUGGUUCAGUCACCAAUACAUUGGGCGUCAAGUUUGCAUUGACAUUUGGUUCCGUUGGCUAUGUUAUCUACUCUUCUUCCUUGUGGGUUUAUGAUGCAAAGCAAAUCUCAGGCUACGUUAUUGCUGCAGGUGCCAUUCUUGGUUGCUGUGCCGGUAUCUUUUGGUCCGCUCAAGGUGCCAUCAUGAUGGCUUACCCUGAAGAAAAGAACAAGGGCAAAUACGUCGCUAUCUUUUGGGCCCUUUUCAACAUUGGUGGUAUCCUUGGCUCCGUUAUCACCCUUGGCAUCAACUUGGAAAGCGGUGGCACUGGUGGUGUGUCCACUGGCACCUACACGGCUUUUGUUAUCAUUAUGAUUGUCGGCAUCUUCCUUUCUUUGAUCCUUGCCCCACCUUCGUUGGUGAAACGCAGCGAUGGCACUCCUGUUACUAUCACCAAAUCAGCACAUUGGCUCGACGAAUUGAAAGGUGUCCUUAACGUUUGGACUGAAUGGCGCAUUGUCGCUUUGAUUCCCGCUUUCUUUGCUUCCAACUACUUUUAUUCUUACCAAUUUCACGUGAACGCUGUUUACUUUGAUGCUGUUACCCGUGCUCUUAAUGGUACCAUGUACUGGGGCAUGCAAAUCAUUGGCUCUUUGGUCUUUGGCUUUAUCCUCGAUUAUCAAGGUCUUAGCCGUCGUGCACGUGCCCUUCUUGGUGGCGGUAUUCUCUUUGUUGUCAUGAUGGCUAUUUGGGCUGGUGGCAUGGUUUUCCAAUUGUCCUUUGAAAACGAUUACGAUGAUCCUAUCCACUGGGAUGAUUGGCGCUUUGGUCGUCCCUUUAUUCUUUAUCUCUCUUAUGGUUUGAGUGAUGCCCUUUAUCAAUCCUACAUGUAUUGGUUGAUGGGUGCCAUGUCCAACGAUCCUCGUCUCCUUUCUCGUUAUGCUGGUUUCUACAAGGCUAUGCAAUCUGCUGGUGCAGCUGUGGCCUUUGGUAUCGAUGCUGCUGGUGUUCGACUUCGAUGGGCUUGCAUGGCUUGCUGGAUCGUUGUGUUCGUCUCAUUCCCUGGUAUCUUUGCAGUCGCCAACAAGAUUACCCAAACCAACCUUCCUAUCGAAGGCGAAGAAAAGGAUGGUAGCAUUUCUGAUCUAUCAUUCGAAAAGUCUCAUCAUCACGAAAAGUACGAAAGUGCUUGA